AUGAUGUUCAAUCCCAGUGUGUCUUUGCUUAUGCGCAUUGUUCCUUGUGUUUUUAUCAUCGUCUUCCUAUAUCUCAUGCUAGACCAUUGGGGUCCACAAGUUCCCUCAUAUUCGCUACGCCAAGCUAGCACGGGCAAUGAGCACGCAUACAUGGGUUUUCUUGCUGCGCCGUAUGACCUGAACGACACUGCCAGUGAUGAUGAAGACCACUACUACACUCAGACACGAAUGCUGCUCUACCAACUACGUCACGACCCUGCAACCCGGUCACCAAACAACUAUCCAUUCGUUGUGCUAGUCACAGAUGAUGUGUCUCCGUCAAAACGCGAGAGGCUGCAACGAGAAGGUGCAAUCGUCAAGAGGAUCGAAAAGCUAAAGCCUCUUCAGCAUGUGACGAGGAAAGCAUGGCAAGAUCAAAUCACCAAACUGAGAUUAUUUGAGCAAAUCGAGUAUAAAAAGAUACUUUAUCUCGACUCUGACCACUUCUUGACAAGACCUAUGGAUGGCAUCUUCGAAGACGAGGCUGCACAAGUCCAACAAAACAAGAAUCUCCCCGCAGCAGACGCAACAAAAAGCGACGAAGCCCCUCAACCAGCCACAUACGGCUUCGCCUCCAACGCCGGUUCAGGAGGCUACGACCACAGCAUCCCCCCACGCAAGGGCAACAACGUCAACGGUGGAUUCAUCCUCUUAGAGCCCUCCCUCGAACUCUUCAACUACUACCUCUCGCUGACGACCCCGGAAACCGAAGGCCGCUACAACGGACGCUACAACGAACAAGGUGUCUGGCAAUAUGCCCAUAGGCGAAAUGGAAACAUGCCAUGGAUGCAAGUCCACUGGAAGUGGAACAUCAACUGGGCGACUUACAAGGAUUACACCGAUGGUGAUUUUGCAAGCUUGCACACCAAGUACUGGGGCCUCGAUCAUGACCCACAGCUGAGGGACCUCUUGAUGCGAAUCAAGUGGAAAAUGGAGGGGUUCUGGGAAGCUCAUGAUGCUUUGUAA